AUGGGCUCAACGACCACCGGCGUGCUCUACGCCCUGACGGUGGCUAGCUCACCAGCCAGACCGGCCCCUGAGGAUGCUCUACAGAAAAGUCAUCAUGCCAAAUCCGGAUUCAGGAACCCUUGGGAUUCAUGGCAGGACGUGAACCUCAAAAACGUCCAGCAGAUGCUCAUGCGCCGAGUAACUGGCAAAGCAAAUGUUCCUGACACCACUGGCCCAACAGUUCCGGUUCAAAAGCCUAAAUUCCUCCCGAGUCGAGAAACCCCCAACCUGCGCGCAACAUGGCUCGGACACGCUUGUUACUAUGUCGAAUUCCCGGGAGGGCUCCGUGCCAUCUUUGAUCCAGUCCUCGAAGAGCGAUGCGGGCCGUAUAACAUGCUCGGACCUAAGCGCUAUACGGACGCUCCGUGUCAAAUCGCCGACAUCCCUGUCAUUGACGCUGUUUUCAUCUCCCAUAAUCACUACGACCAUUUGUCAUAUCCUGGAGUCAUGGAGAUUGCUAAGAAACAUCCCAAUUGCCAUUUCUUCACCCCACUUGGCGUCAAGUCGUGGUUCACCAGCUGUGGAAUCAACAACGUUACCGAGCUGGAUUGGUGGGAUGUGCGCGAUAUCACCUCUCCCCAUCUACGGAGAAAGCCACUCAUGUCGAGGCCCGCUCGCACUCCAUUUGAUCGAUACCAAACGCUGUGGGGCUCAUGGUCACUUGAGUCAGGGGGUAAAAAGGUCUACUUUACCGGAGACACCGGAUACAGAAAGGUCCCUGAGCUUCCCGAGGGAGAAGACGACCACGACCCGAAGCACAAUUUUCCCGUCUGUCCUGCUUUCAAGCAGGUGGGUGAGUUCCGGGGUCCAUUUGAUCUUGGCUUGAUUCCCAUUGGUGCAUACGCUCCUCGUCAUGUGUGGAGUGCUGCUCACGCAGAUCCCCAUGAUGCCGUAGAGAUCUUCAAGGACACCAAGUGCAAGAAGGCUCUCGGUAUGCAUUGGGGAACUUGGGUUCUCACCGAGGAGGAUGUCCUCGAGCCGCCCGAGAAGCUGAAGACGGCCCUCAAGGCAUUCGACAUGCCCGAGAAGGGUGUGUUUGAUGUUUUGAACAUAGGUGAAAGCCGAGAGUAUUGA